UUCAUGAUGAGUAGCUGUCUGCUUCUGUCAGAACACUUCUUAUUUAUCUCUUUUAUCAUCCUUUAAAGUUAUUGUUGACAAAGACAGCGGCUCGAUCAUGUCCAACCCGUCUCUGCUGGUCCUGUAUGGCAGCCAGACAGGGACGGCUCAGGACACGGCUCAGAGGAUCGCCCGGCAGGCUCAGAGAAGGCGGCUGCAGGUUCAAGUGUUACCUCUGGAUCACUACAAUGUGGCCAACUUGAUCUCAGAGUCUCUGGUUGUUUUUGUGUGCGCCACCACUGGUCAAGGAGACCCUCCUGAUAAUAUGAAGAACUUCUGGAGGUUUAUCUUCAGGAAGUCUUUACCUGUAGGAUCUCUGUGUCGGCUGGACUGUGCCAUACUGGGUCUGGGGGAUUCCUCCUAUCCAAAGUUUAAUUUCGUGGCUAAGAAGCUUCAUAAGCGUGUCAUGCAGCUGGGCGCCACCGUGUUACUUCCUGUCGGGCUAGCAGACGACCAGCAUGACCUCGGAGCAGACGCUGUGAUCGACCCAUGGCUGAAAUCAUUCUGGGCCAAAGUGUUUGCUCUGCACCCGUCUCUGUCAGAGGUGACUCCGCUGAGAGAGGAUGAGCCACUCCCUCCAAAGUUCACCUUCCACUUUCUGGAGGACAUGAAGGAGCAGAUGGAGGACAGGUUGAAGAUUCCCUCAGAGCAAACCGUCCACUCUCAGUCCCACCCCUUCCCCGCCAGACUGCUGUCCAAUAAGAGAGUGACAGACCAGUCUCACUUUCAGGACGUGAGGCACAUUGAGUUUGACAUCAGUGGAUCCAACAUCCAGUUUGCAGCAGGUGACGUGGUGAUGAUGUAUCCUCGUAACGCAGCAGAAGACGUGCAGCAGUUCUGUCAGCUGCUCAGAUUAGAUCCAGAGGCCACGUUCACUAUCAGACCCACAGACAACACAGCAGUCCCAGCCAGGCUUCCUCAGCCCUGCACAGUGCGCCACCUGGUGGAGAGCUACCUGGACAUCGCCGCCGUGCCUCGCCGUUCCUUCUUCGAACUGCUGUCUACAUUCUCCACUAACGAGCUGGAGCAGGAGAAGCUGGUGGAGUUCAGUUCAGCGGCCGGCCAGGACGAACUGCACAGCUACUGCAACCGACCUCGACGCACCGCACUGGAGGUGUUGGCAGAUUUCCCUCAUACUACAGCAGAACUCAAAGCGGACUACCUCUUGGACCUUUUCCCUGAGAUCCAGCCUCGCUCUUUCUCCAUCGCCUCUUCUCUCCUGGCUCACCCACACAGGCUUCAGAUCCUGGUCGCUGUGGUCUCUUACAAAACCAAGAUGUUUAAACCACGAAGAGGACUCUGCUCCAGCUGGUUAGCCUCCCUGGAUCCUGCACAAGGAGAGGUGUACGUGCCUCUGUGGGUGAAGAAGGGAACUCUGAAGUUCCCCACACAGAAGGAAACCCCUGUGAUAAUGGUGGGACCUGGAACAGGAGUGGCACCCUUCAGGUCUGCUGUACAAGAGAGGACUGCUGAGGGAAAAUACGCCAACGUCUUGUUCUUCGGCUGUCGAUCCGAGGCCAAAGACUUCUACUUCAGUUCAGAGUGGGAGGAGAUGAUGAAGGUGGGACAGCUGAAACUCUUCACCGCCUUCUCACGAGACCAGGAGGAUAAAGUGUACGUGCAGCAGCGUGUGAGGGAGAAUUCUGAGCUCCUGUGGGACCUGAUUACAAAUAAAGGAGGCUGCUUCUACAUCGCUGGCAAUGCUAAACAGAUGCCUGCCAGCGUACGAGAUGCACUGAAAGAAGGCUUCCAGCAGGAGGGAGGAGUGUCCGAGGAGGAAGCAGAGCAGAUGCUGGAAGCCAUGGAGAGGACGGGCCGUCUCCAGAGCGAGACCUGGUCCUGAUCACGUGACCUGGUCCUGAUCACAUGACCUCAACUCUUCACCUUCAGCUGCUGCCGCCAUGUUGAGUAUAAUACAAUCACUGCUGUCAUCAAAGUGUAAAAGAUAGCCAGACACACUGAAUAAAAGAAGAGCCAAACCAGAGCCAAAUAUACUCAUAUUAGUGUUAGAUGUAUGUAUAUGGACUGCAUGCAGAGACAUAUAAACCAAUGAGCAGGAACAUUACAGAUGUCAGGAUCAUGUACUUCCUGUAUUUCACUGUGUGGGAGACAAGUGUUCAAUGACUGAUCAAGAAAAUACCAAUCAAUACAUCUGCCUCCCACUUUUCUAUACGGUGCUUCAGUGCACUUUUAUUCUCAGUCACAUAAUUGCCCAACUUUAAAUGUUGCCUUAGCCAACAGAUUCUUAUCAAUCAAUUGUCUCUCCCACUCUGUCAUAUGCCUUUAAGGUUCCUAUUUUCACUGCUUAUAAUCACUUAUGACACAAAUGUUACAGUUACACAAUCUGUAAACUGGCUGACCUACAGUAUAAGGGACCAAUGGCGCAGCAGCACCCAGUAUGACAUAAUAAAGUAUAAUCUGAAAAUGACACUUGUUUGGCUUUUGUCUCAGUUCUACAGUCAUUUAUUGAAAAUGGAAACUAAUCAGAUUAAGAACAAUUUAGUUAUUUGUGAAAAUCAACGUUUUUUGAGUCAUCGCUCAGAUUCUGUUAGAGGAUGAGAGAUGUAUCAAAGGCCUCAGACUGAGCUUCAUCCUCUCAACAUCCUGCAGACCAGAAUAUCACUCAGACAUGAACUGAAGGAGACUGAACAUUAGU